AAAAAAAAAGUAUUGUUAUUCUAAACUUAUUAAAUUCAUCAACUUCAUGUGACUAAGUAACUAUCUUACACAGUGAGAGGUGGAAGUCCAACAGGGCCGUAAAAAGAAAAUAUCAUAAUUACAAAAUGCAAAAUGGAGAUGAAUGUGGAAUGGAACACAAGAAGGGGUGAGAGAGGGGAAGCCAAGGUGCCAACAGAGCGAACUGCUGCAUAAAAGGUGCUACUUCACUUCACAAAUGCAACAGGUUGAUGGUCGCACAGUCACGAUGCAGGUUCUGUACAAACUGCUGCUCGCCCAUGUUCUGACAUGUCUUGGAACAGAACGGUAAGAACGCACAAUCUGAUUCUUACAGCGUAGGUAUGAGACAUUAUCUCUUUUUAAUUUUUCCUCUUUUCUCUCCAGGACUUGGGAGUGACAUCAUAGAUGGUAGAAAGAGCAAGGAGAAUUCAAUGCUGUACAUGGCAUCAGUGCAAAACAAGAACGGUCAUGUAUGUGGAGGAUUCCUGGUCAGUGAGGACUUCGUAAUGACUGCAGCACAUUGUGAUGACCAAGAUCCUACAAGUGUUGUUCUUGGCACUCACAAUCUCAAGAAGGUCAAUAAAGACAUGAAAUACAAAGUGAAGAAGAAAUGCAAAUACCCAUCUUAUGUGAAUAUCGCAAAGGGGAAUGACAUCAUGCUCCUCAAACUGUCCAGGAAAGCUCGCUCGAGCAAAAAAGUAUCAAUCAAGUCAAUUCAGAUUCCAAUUCGUCCAAUAAAACUAAAAGAUAACUCAACAUGCCAAGUAGCUGGGUGGGGUUCCACAAUAACUCGUGGUCUAAGUGUUGCUGAACUCCGAGUUGUGGAUGUGCCGAUCAUUAACCUGAAGACCUGCCAGAAGGAGUGGUAUAACAAAGUUCCUGCCAAUGUUAUCUGUGCAGGUGGAUAUGAUACAAAAAAAGGAAUUUGCCAGGGUGAUUCUGGUGGUCCCCUGGUGUGCAAAGGCAACCUUGGCUUUUGGAAUUGUUUCCUAUAACAACAAAGGGAACUGUACCUACCCAAAUGUACCCAACAUAUAUACAGACAUAUCAAAAUACGUGCCCUGGAUCAAUGACAUUCUCAAGAAAAAGAAAUGUUAAAUAUAACAAUGUUACUAAUCGUUUAUGAAUUGUAUUAUGGAUCUAUAGCUUUGUCUGAGUCGGCUAAAUGAUAAAUAUAUUUCAUUCUGUCACACCUAUAAUCAGUAAAACGAAUGUUAAGGUUCUUUGUCUAAAACAAUAUAGACAUAAUUUUUGUCUACGUUGUCCCUCAUUGUUCUCCUAUUGCUGCUUGAGGUGCAGAUAUUUUUACAUUGGCCUGCUGCUAUCAAUGGUAUAUGUUUGCUUAAAGCCUUAGUCAAAUAAAAACAUGUUCAAUAUUGGUCGCUUGUGGCAUGCCUGUUUAGACUGCUAUCAUGUUAUAUAAUUUUAAAAAUAAAAAAAAGCAGUGUAGUUUCAUAACUGACUGUGGGAACGUCAGUACUUAGAUCUGCAGCUGGAAACUGUGGUUGCUGUGGUUCAUCUAGAUUGUCUGACAUUUCAAAGAAAUGUUUGUGUUGUGUCACGUACAUCCACACUGAAGAACAUUUGCUGUAUUGUGUUUGUGUUUUUGUGUAAUACAUUUAAGCUAAAGCUCAUUUGAUGUGGCUACAUAGUACUAUGAAUAAAAAGUGUGAGAAAAGGAAUUACCGUUUUGCAUCACUGACAGAAAAUGAAAAUGAAUUGUGGCAAAAUGAAAACAGAUUCAGGCAAUAUAUGUUUGAAUUAAAUGCGUGACGAUGACUGGAUCACUGUUGUCAAUGAAAUAAAUUGUGUAUAUGAUGA